GCUGCCGUCGGCCAGUAGCAGCAGUGGCGACGAGCAGCGGCCGUGGAAGCGCAACGCGGAGCAGCAGCAGAGUCCAGUGAGUGCGUCCAACAGGCUCGGACGGCGCGUCCCAGAGAUGGAGGGCGACAUGCCCUUGACAGUUGCCGAGUGGCCAGCGCCCCCGCAGCCCGUAAAGCAUGCCGCAGCCGCGGCCGUCACCGCCGCAAUGGUGACAUGAAGCUUGGCUGGCGCCGCAGCUCAGCCGCCCUGCCCGAGUUUCCCGAGCGCACCAGCGCGCUUGGCCCGACAAUAUGGCUCUCCACUGGGAUAAACUCUCGCCAGCCGAAUUCCAACAGCUUCAAGACUUGGCCUCCUACUCCACGAGGAAGCUGCAGGAUGUGCUCCUCGACUUUUGCGCGGUCCAAACAUCCUCGGGUGCGCCGAAAUACCAUCCCGACGGGGACAUCGACUACGAGGGCUUCCGCAGCUUCCUGGACGCCUACCUGGACGUGGCCACGCCGGACGAGCUCUGCCGGCACCUCUUCCUCUCGUUCGUGAAGAAGGCGGUCCAGCGCGGCGGCGACGGCAAGGCCUUCAAGGAGAUGGCGGUGCUGACGUCGGCCACGGCCUGCGCGGCCAUCACCUCGCACACCACCUCCAGCAGCAACGUCAACAGCCUCGGCGCGGCGGCGGCGGCGGCCGGCCAGCAGCAGGCCGCGCAGGGCUCGGAGCCCGGCCACGGCCCGUCCUCCUCCUCGUCCUCGUCCUUCGCCGACAAGAUCCACGGCCUGACGGAGAAGCUGCAGGCCCUCGGGCACCACCGCGCCGACAGCGAGGCGAGCGGCAAGGCGCGCAGCGGCUGCGUGCACCCGGUGGUCACGGUGCCGCACACCUCCUACAGCUGCCACGACGUCCUGGACAAGAAGAGCACCGACAGCAGUCCCAGCCACAGCCAGAUGUCGCGGAACUCGUCGCGCAAGUCCAACAACUCGCUGCUCGUCAACAACGGCAAACUCGAAGAGCUGCGCCAGCUGGUGAGGAAGCAGAGCACGAUAGACGUGCACUCGGCGAAAGUCAGCCUGAAGGACAUCGUGUGCUACCUGUCGCUGCUGGAGGCCGGGAGGCCCGAGGAUAAGCUGGAGUUCAUGUUCCGGCUGUACGACACCGACGGCAACGGAGUGCUGGACACGAACGAGAUGGACUGCAUCGUGAACCAAAUGAUGAACGUGGCCGAGUACCUCGGCUGGGACGUGUCGGAGCUGAAGCCGAUCCUGCAGGACAUGAUGAUCGAGAUCGACUACGACGCCGACGGCACGGUCUCGCUGGAGGAGUGGAAGCGCGGCGGCCUGACGACGAUCCCGCUGCUGGUGCUGCUGGGCCUCGACUCGAACGUGAAGGAGGACGGCAACCACCUGUGGCGGCUGAAGCACUUCAGCAAACCGGCCUACUGCAAUCUCUGCCUCAACAUGCUCGUGGGCCUCGGCAAGAAGGGCCUGUGCUGCGUCUUCUGCAAGUACACGGUGCACGAGCGCUGCGUGCAGCGCGCGCCCGCCUCCUGCAUCGCCACCUACGUCAAGAGCAAGAAGACCUCGCAGACGAUGGCCCACCACUGGGUGGAGGGCAACUGCCACGGCAAGUGCAGCCGCUGCCGGAAGACCAUCAAGAGCUACAACGGCAUCACGGGCCUGCACUGCCGCUGGUGCCAGCUGACGCUGCACAACAAGUGCGUGUCGCAGGUGAAGGCCGAGUGCACGCUGGGCGAGCACGCGGCGCACAUCCUGCCGCCCACGGCCAUCUGCCCGGUGGUGCUGGACCGGCAGCGCUCGCUGUCGCGCGACGCCAAGCGGCCGGCCGGGCCCGAGGCGGCGCCGGCGGGCGAGUCGCCGCUGCAGCUGCGCCAGCAGCAGCCCGCCAUGUCCUUCCAGAUCACGCCGCCGGCCGACUGCACGCCGCUGCUGGUCUUCAUCAACCCGAAGAGCGGCGGCCGCCAGGGCGAGCGCAUGCUGCGCAAGUUCCAGUACAUCCUGAACCCGCGACAGGUGCACAACCUGGCCGUCGGCGGGCCCAUGCAGGGCCUGCAGAUGUUCCAGGACGUGGCCAACUUCAAGGUGGUCUGCUGCGGCGGCGACGGCACCGUCGGCUGGGUGCUCGAGACCAUGGACCGCGUGCGGUUCGAGCGCCAGCCCGCGGUCGCGGUCAUCCCGCUGGGCACGGGCAACGACCUCGCGCGCUGCCUGCGCUGGGGCGGCGGCUACGAGGGCGAGGCGCUGCACAAGCUGCUGCGCAAGAUCGCGCGCGCGAGCCCGGUCAUGAUGGACCGCUGGCGCAUCGAGCUCAGCGAGAGCGCGGCCUCGGGUCCCGGCCCCGGCCCCGGCGAGCCGCCGCCCGGCCCGCAGCGCCAGCAGCAGCACUGCAUCCCCUACAACAUCAUCAACAACUACUUCUCCGUGGGCGUGGACGCGGCCAUCUGCGUCAAGUUCCACCUCGAGCGCGAGAAGAACCCCGAGAAGUUCAACAGCCGCAUGAAGAACAAGCUCUGGUACUUCGAGUACGCGACGAGCGAGCAGUUCGCCGCGAGCUGCAAGAACUUGCACGAGGACAUCGAGAUCGUGUGCGACGGCGUGCCCCUGGAGCUGGCGCACGGGCCCGCGCUGCAGGGCGUGGCCCUGCUCAACAUCCCCUUCAGCCACGGCGGCUCCAACCUCUGGGGCGAGCACCAGGCCAGGCAGCGGCUGGCCAAGCGCGAGAGGCGCCCCGACAAGGAGUUCAGCACCAGCAGCUUCAACUCGGUGGACCUGACCGCCGCCAUUCAAGACAUCGGCGACAAGCUGAUCGAGGUGAUUGGCCUGGAGAACUGCUUGCACAUGGGCCAGGUGAAGACGGGCCUGCGCGCCUCCGGCCGGCGACUGGCCCAGUGCAGCAGCGUGCGCAUCAGCACCGGCAAGCGCUUCCCCAUGCAGAUCGACGGCGAGCCCUGGAUGCAAGGCCCCUGCACCAUCAACAUCACGCACAAGAACCAGGUGCCGAUGCUGAUGGCGCCGCCGCCCGACAAGCGCAAGGGCUUCUUCCGCUUCUUCAAGAGGUGAACUGCGGGCGCCCAGCGGUGCUUGCAGCCCCCGCGCGCCCCACCUACGCCAAGUACAAACGCCAGCAGCGCUGCGCGGCCCCCCUGGAUCGACUCGAGCGUCGCAGACUGUCGUAGCU